AAUAAUCGCUGGUCUAGCACAAAUCGUGCUUUAGAUUCUUUAUAUUUAAGGCCAGUUAUUUCUUCUUCUUAGCUGUGGAUUUACCUUUCAAUCUGUGGCGUUUUCAAUAUCCUCUCUUUUAGGGGAACGACUUUUCCGGACAGCUAUGGAGGUUAUGUGAAAUGAAGAAAUUCUGAGGCAAGGUUUUAAAAUUGCAGCAAUUGGCAGGGGCGUUCAGUUUGUUUCCAAGCCUUGUAUUUCGUCACAAAAAAUGGCGCGCCGUCCACGCAACAGCCGAGCCUGGCGUUUUGUGCUAAGUGGAGUGCGUAGAGACCAGGAUGCCAGGCCACCUGUUUUACCAGCAGGGGAAGAGUCUUGGGGUUAUGAUUCUGAUGGACAGCACAGUAACAGUGAUUCAGACAGUGAUAUACUCCAGCUGCCUCCAUCCAUACCCAGCGCUGUACCGGUAACUGGGGAGUCUUAUUGUGGAUGCGACAGUCAAAAUGAUGCGUACUGCUCCAGCUUACUCACUUUUCACCAAAUGAAAAGCUGCCAGUGUGGAGAGGAGGAUGAAGAUUUUGAUUGGGUGUGGGAUGACUGCAGUAAAUCCACAGCCACACUCUUGAGCUGCGAUAACCGCAAAGUAAGCUUCCACAUGGAGUACAGCUGCGGAACAGCUGCCAUACGUGGAAACAAAGUGCUGUCUGAUGGUCAACACUUUUGGGAGAUCAAGAUGACUUCUCCAGUCUAUGGCACUGACAUGAUGGUCGGCAUUGGGACUUCAGAUGUGAACCUGGAUAAAUACCGGCACACCUUUUGUAGCCUAUUGGGUAAAGAUGCAGAGAGCUGGGGGCUGUCUUACACAGGGUUACUCCAGCACAAGGGUGACAAGAACAGCUUCUCAACACGUUUUGGCCAAGGUUCAAUAAUUGGGGUUCAUCUGGAUACGUGGCAUGGAGUCCUUACUUUCUACAAAAAUAGGAAGUGCAUUGGCGUUGCUGCUACUCAGUUGAGGAACAAGAAGCUAUUCCCAAUGGUGUGCUCCACCGCAGCGAAGAGUAGUAUGAAAGUGAUCCGGUCGUGCUGCUGCCGCACCUCUCUGCAAUACUUGUGCUGUGCCCGUUUGCGCCAACUUCUUCCUGAUUGUGUUGACUCUUUGGAAGCCCUGCCUCUGCCCCCAGGUCUCAAACAAGUCCUUGGCAACAAGCUAGGAUGGGUUCUUCAGAUGGGGACCAGCCAGCAAUACAAAGAUGACACCCAGGCUACCGCGUCCUGCGGGAGUGAUUCGGACAGCAACUGCCCACCAAGGCCAGAGGACUGUCAACGCAAACGUUGCCGCAGGAUUUAAUGAAUCUUGAUGGAGUUAGAGGUUCUAAUCACAGUGCCUCUUUCUCCACCUGGCUGUACCAUCACACAAUGAACUUCUGGAAGGACACACAUGGGGAUAAAAGGUAUUUCCUUAUGUGUAACAAACAAGAAGCCGAUCAGGAUAUAAAGGACAGAAGCAAGAACACGAGAUGGGUAUUUAUGCCAUUGUGUUCCUAUAACUGAAAAUGACGGUUUUAAAAAAAAAAGACAAUGGAAAUUACCGGAGUAUGUUUCUGACUUGGGAUUAAUACAAACCCGAUCGCUUUACAAAGGACAGACGUUUUAACACUUGCCAUGGAAACCACCGUACAUUAAUGUCUUAAAGGGAAAUAACAGAGAAAUAUAAAAACUGCACCUGUAGGAAAGCACACUUGUAACAAAUAUUUUACAGGUUUCCAUACCAAGUCACUGUUUGAACUGUGUGAUUGUCUCCAUCUCCCCUUUUCCAGAGCAAGAGCCGGUUGUUCAGCCCACUUGCUAAAAUAAUGUAAAAGAAGCAUGUAUACCAUUGUGCUCCAACUGGGGGCUGAUCCAGCCACCUGCCAGAUGUCAUGAUAUGAAAAUGACAUUUGAAGGGGUGCAUUCAUAGGUGCUUGAUGUGGCACUCCCUGUACAUACACUGCAGUUUGCCAUGUAUAUGGUGGAGAACUUUUAGAUAGGGCUCUGUGUGAAGUGUUUUUAUUUUUUAUGUCUUGAGAGAAAGCAUACCAUGUGAUCCGUUAUCAUACGAUUUUGAGUUUGCUAGCAGUUUUGUUUUAAUUAUACUUUGGCUGACAUGUUUUGAUUCCGGUUUUAUUAUACAGAAGCCUUUUUGGUAUUGUUACAAAAUGUCUUUAUAUACUGGUGCAGUUUGUUUACUUUUUAACCUUUUUGGUUUUUCUUUUUUCCUCUUGAGAGCUUUAUUUCACCACUUUGUUCAGUGUCGGCUGACCUUUGGUACUUCACCUGUUAUUGACGUUUACUUGGAGACUCAGACAACUUAGCCACAACAGCUGUAAUGCCAAAGCUCGGCUCCCCCAGAGAUUGGCAAGCCAGCGUUUACUCUGCUCAGACGGACCAUUCUCUUAAUGAUUUAACAACCUCUCAUGCUGAGCUGAAUCAGAACUCAGUCUAAGCUGUUGCAGGUAAACAUGCAUUCGGCUAUAAAAUAACUUGUCGAUUCUUGAUUUUAGUCAGGAAUUGUGGGAAGUGACAAGGAAACUGCAUAUUCAAAGCCAAAGUGGCCAAACUGAAAAAAAUCUCCAAUUCUACUACUCUGGCCUAUUUAAUUAGCAAUUGCCUUUUUUUGGUCAGAUUAAUUUAACUGGAAAUUGUAAACAAUGGUCUGUGAUCCCCAUUUUUCAUAGACUUCUUGCUGGUUCCCAAGAAAACUAAACUAUGCAUUAUGAGUUUAGAACAGGCCAGUAGUCUGAGUCUUCUCUUUUCAUGACACCAUAUAACUGUGUACAAGGCUUAGUGCCCAGUCUCAUGUAGUUAAUUAGUACAUGGAGGAACUUUAUGUAUAGUAUAAAAUAUAUAAAGACGGUAUGGAUGCAGGUGCAUACACACAAUGCUUGGAAAAGAAGAAAUCAUAUGUUAUAGCUUCAGAGAUCCUGGGUGUGAUGUGCUUAGUGACCACUUUGGUCAGACUGGACACUCCAAGUACCAUAGAAAAAUACUUCACAGCAAAACAAAGUGCUCGAGAAUUUCUUACAAGAUUAUUUACUAAACCAUAGCUCGGAAUUCACGUAAGAAUUGCACAUCAGCCGUCCAGCAGAACUGUGGAAAUUACAUUGAACCGAAUUUACAGACAGACUGCUGAUUCUGUAAAAUGACCUGUGUAUGUGUGUGUGGUUAUCAUUUUUUUGUUUCUGGGUUUGUCAUUCAGUUGCAUCCAGAUCGUCUGAAACAUGGUCUAAAUUCAGUGUAAUUCACAACUGUAUUCCAAAAUCCGGACCUUGGUAAAUCUCUAACAAUAUUUGAGUUUUGGAGUCCUAAUAUCACUAAAAGAUCCUGAAUUAUUUUUGAUCAUUUGGAGUAUGGGCAUUCAGGCUUCAGUGAUUUAGCCAUGUGCGGUUUCUUUUGUAACCGUUGGAUACUUUCUAAAGCUGUGGAAAAGGGAUAGAUUUUAUGGAUUUCUGUUAAAUGCUGUAAAAGAUAUCACAUGUUCAUCAAAGUGACUUGUUUGUGUGCAAGGAAAUGAACAUCUGUAACCUGCAAUAAAAGGGAUGCUGUUGUGGAA